CAUUAGCAGAUAGUUUCCCCCCUGCCCUACUUACUUACCUCCAACUUAUCACUUGCGCUCCUGCGACGCUCGACCUGCACACCGACAGGGAUCACUGUGGAUCUCUAUGUGACAGCCUGUGAUCAGGAACAGGCUCAAACCACGCGUCUAUUCUAAGACACUUACCAAAUCCAACAUGGGCAAUAGCACAAGUAGCGCCUUGUCCAAGGAAAUCCUGGAAGACCUGAAACUGAGCACCAAGUUCACCGAGCACGAAAUCGGGCAGUGGUACGAGAACUUCCAGAAGCAGUGCCCGACGGGACGCAUCACGCCCGAGGAGUUCGAGCAGAUUUACACCCGCUUCUUCCCGGAUAGCGAUGCCAAGAGCUACGCCCGCCACGUGUUCCGCUCCUUCGAUACCAACGAUGACGGCACCCUGGACUUCAAGGAGUACAUCAUCGCCCUGCACAUGACCUCUACCGGGAAGACCACCAGGAAGUUGGAGUGGGCCUUCUCGCUGUUUGACGUCGACAAGAAUGGAUACAUCAACAAGACAGAAGUGACGGAAAUCUGCCAGGCCAUCUUCAAGCUGAUCCCCAAGGAGGACCAGAGCAAACUACCACAGGACGAGAACACACCAGAGAAGCGAGCCAACAAGCUGUGGUCCUACUUUGAGAAGAAAGACAAUGAGCGACUGGCCGAAGGAGAAUUCAUCAAAGGAGUGACUGAGAAUGAAAAUGCGAUGAGACUCAUCCAUUACGAACCAAUAAAACAGUAACUAUAGUGUUAAAACAGGUACUGUUGCUCCCUGCUUUUGAAUACGUUCGGGUUUUUUUUGUAUAUAUUCAUGAUAAGUUAUUGGUUCAGAACUUACAAAAAAAUGUCACAUUUUUUUCCUAAUGUUUGUCAAGUAAGAUAUAGCCUAUAAUCCAAAAUUAUUCAUAUCUUGAUGGAAUUUAGGCGAAAACUGCAAGAAUUUGUUGUAGAGAUAUUGAGGAAAGAAAAAUGAAAUCUAUUUGAAAAUAAUUAAUUGACAGAUUAUUUUAAAUUAGGCGCUUAACUGUAUGAAAAGUUGUCAACCUACUCCACAAAAUAGAACAAAAUAUCAAAGUAAUCCAACCAAACUUGUAUUUUUUUGUGGGUUUAACUCAUUAAAUUUAACUUUGUGUAAAAUUUAAACAUAAAUAUAUGAAGUAAAAAAGUUUUUUUUUUUUUUCUAAAUGAAAAAUAGAAACAAAUAUUUUAAGGCAACACUAGGUAACUUUUCAACCUAUAUAAAAUAUAAAAUAUUUUUUCGUAACAUUUGUGAUGAUAUGUCGACUGACAACUAGUUGAAUGACACCUCUUUAAUAUCUUGACGGGAUCUGUUUCGUUUUCACCUGCACUUAUUAACUUUGAGGAGGGUGGCAGGAACUACAAACUAGAAAACUAUAAAUGUGCUGACUGCUUUACAGCGUGUCACUUCCCCAUUCACUCUAAAGACCGAACGCUUUCGCUCGAAUUCUGCAAAGAUGGCAGAGCAACAAAAGACACAAAAAGUUUUGUUUGAGUAGGAAAAAAAAGGGAGGCUACCAUCAUAUACAGAAUAAACAUUGGCCUGGCUUUCACUCGCUGGUGUGCCCGAACUCGGGCGGUUUAGUCACCAUAAGCCACAUGUUGCUGACCGUCAAAUGCUAUUGUUUAGCCACAACUGGAUUUAUUAUCAUAUUACUAUUCAUCCCACACAGAGCCGCUGGAAACAGAAAUGUCGUUUAAUCCAUCUGCAAGCGACUGGGAGAUCAAGAUUUCACGACAGUAAACAGGUGUACGCUAUUCCUCAUGGGAAAUGUAGUCUUCCUUAAGGCAAAACACUACCGCUUUUGUCCACCGGCAUCGCUAAAAUCUACAAAAACUGAAAAGUUACCUAGUGUUCAUUUAAGCCAUUAUCGCACUGUCUUUAAAAAUUUGUACAGCCCAAAAAUAAGAUUAUGUGAGUAGCUACUGCAAAUUUGUGAUUGUGAUAAAUACAAGAUAAAUAGCGACUGAAACUUCAGAAUACAUAAAUAAAUGAAGACGCCAAAUUUCUGACCUCUGUGACAUUUGACUUCAUGACCCCAAAUUUGAAUCACCUAUUCAGUUUCAUAUUCAUAUUUUGCAAGUUUGAGAAUAAUCCCUUUAUUCAUUAUCUUGAACUCCUUCGCCUUCCGUAGGUUUUCUGUAGUUAACUCACUGGCUGCUAUUGACUGCUCUAGACUUCAAAUCCAUUGAAACUGGUAGGGCUUAUAGGUAGGGCUCCAUCCAUCCUAGUUUCGCAAUUGACAACUCAUUUCACCUCACAGCAGAAAGAUGAAAAGAGACACAUGAUUGACAGGUAAUCCCUGGGUUACGAACCAGUUCCGUACCUACGCUGGUGACGUAACCCAAAUUUCCGCGUAAAUCGGAAUUAACCCUUUAAAUACCCCUAAUUACCCUCCAAAUCUGAAAAUAACUAUCCAAAAACAUUUAUUAUGAAUUAUUGUACUGUCUUCGCCUGGCGCUAAAUCCUAGCUAGACAGCGAGCUAAGCUCCGAAAUGACGAUGUCAGAUAUCCGUGUGGUUUGCUGACUUUAUUCAGCUGCUCAUGACAUCAACACUUUCAGAAUAAAACUGAAAUAAAAAUUAAAUUAAAUCACUUUCCUCUUUAAUAACAGCAAUUCACAUUUGCGUGUCUGACUAGCUGCUAAUACAGCACUAUGAAUCCACCAAAACAAUUAGCAUGUAUCAGUUAGCGUCCACACAUCAUCAAAAAAAUAAAUAACAUAAACUCAAGUAUUCGACCAUAAUUGAAAAUGCCCACUAAACAGCACAAAAUGUGUGAUUUACAGGUGUUGCCUCUGUGGAUGCUUCUCAAGCAACAAACGUGCGCGCAGGCUUGCAGCUGUAAUCUUUCCCCUCUCUCAUUCGGGUGCACGAUUUCUUCGUGGGAGCAAAUGCGCUUUUCUUCGUGUGUGCAAAUACGUUCUUCUCAAGGGCGUAGGUUUGGUUUCAACAUUGGUAGGGACGAUAUAACAGCAUAACCUGCAUGUACACUUUUUGCUGGGGACUGGACAUAUAUAAGCCCAAACAGGAACGGAGGUCAGGGCUAAAUUUCUCACCAAUAUAAACUAGUUAAUAGAUAGGCAAAAUGAUCAAUGCAAAAUAAACAUGUAAACUAAUUUUCAUGUGUAUUGGUUCAGGUGAUACACCGUUCGAUUCAAACCUUUGCUUUCAUAAACUACGACAGAAACAUUUUGAAAACUUCUAGAAUAAAUGUCUGGAUUUUAUUAGCAAAUUUCAAUUUCAAUAUUUAACCACAAAUUAUAUUAACAUACACAAGAAAUACAAACCUGUUAAUCAUCAAUUAACUAUCUAUAAGGGUGUAAUCCUUAGUUCACUACAUUUCUUACAUUAAUUAAUUAACGUUAACAGUAGAAAGCAUACAGGAGGAUAUUUCUCUCAACGCAGCUUCCUCCUCGAGUUCGAGAAAUUCACACAAAUUAAUGUUAUGCUAACUCUGAAUAGAAUAGAAUACAAUAGAAUAUGAUAGAAUAGGUCUUUAUUGUAAUUGUCAACAAAAGAACAUUGUGAACUACGAAAUUGGACGUGGCACUCCAGUAUAAAAAUGUUUUUCAUAAAUAUAAUAUAUAAAUAGGAAAAAUAUAUGCUCUAGAGCUAUAAGUGCAUAAUUAUUGCUUACUUAGACUGAAAUAUGUACGUGACGGAAAUAGUGCAAUGCUGUCCUAAUUUUAGCAGCGUCAUUUGUGCAAAGAAUAGAAUAUGAAUUUUUUAAAAAAAACAUUCUUUAAAUAGAAAAGUGGUCCAAGUAAUGUGCAGGUUCACAGUUUAAGUUAAAAAGUGUUGAAAAGUAUUUCUUAGGAGUUCAUAGUUUUUUUGUGUUUAGGUAGUAAUGGCCCUGGGAAAGAAGCUGUCUCUCAGCCUGUUAGUCCUUGUUUUGCCGGUUGGAUUUUCAGGAGCAAAAAUAGUGGUGUGUUCCCCACCUCCACAGCAUUCACGUCAUUUUACAAUAUCAAAAGUGGCUGCUGCUGGCGGGGAAAAAAAUUAUAAUCUCCCUCUUCUUCUAAGGGGGCGCAGCAGGCGCCAUGUUGUAUUUCUGUCAGGCUGUGAAUGCAUGUAUGUGUGUGUGUGUGUGUGUGUGUUGGGGGGGGGGGGGUGAAGUCAUCAGCAAAUCAAACGUGUGUUUGGGGGGGGUAGACUUGCACAUACAGCAAGUGAAAAGGGGUCAGUCUGAGUCUGAACAUAAUGAAAGCACUUUAAUUCACUUGAUAAUGGUCGGGUCAAUUCUAUCCUUACAACAUAUGGGAAGACAAUCUAAAUGACCUCUUAACUCUAAGUCAUGAUAUAAUGCAAAACAAAACAUAAAACAAGCUGGAUUGCGGCUUUCGAGGAUCAGAGUUGGCCACCCCCUGGGCUAAAAAAACAAUGCAAAAUAAAUCCGUAUCUACUGAUACUAACUUUUACGUGGAUUGGUUCAGGUGAUACUGCUCGAUUCAAACCUUUGUUUUCAAAAACUACUAAAGAAACAUUUUAAAAACUUUGAGGAUAAAUGUCUGGUUUUUACUAGCAUACAUAAAUAUGAUGAAAAUAAUCCACUUAAUAAUGGCAGGGUCAAUUCUAUCCUUACAACAUAUGGGAAGACGAUCUAAAUUCCCGAUAUAACUAAAGUCAUUAUAUAAUACAAAUAAGGUUGCUUAAAAGUUGGUGGGGACAAUUUUAGCAUCCUGAAAAAUUGAUAGUGUUAUGUCCCUACCGUCCUUAUGCAAACCUACGCCCUUGGUUCUUCUUCGCGUGUACAUGCGCUCUUAUUCGCGUGCCAUUAGUACUACCUACUCUAUGCUUCCUGCGCCAAAAUAAAAGCAUGCAUCACAAACCACAAGUCAACAUUAUUAGAAAAAACAAAAGACUCUGGCAUCGUAAAGUCGAAAUCACAUAAGUCUGGUACGUCGUAACCUGGGGACAACCUGUACUUUCAUUCACUGACACCUACAUAACUCACCAGAAAGGUCCCGCCUUUUAAAGCCAUACACACACACACACACACACAAAUCACAGAUACAAUACAAUAAUGUGAGGAUGGUGACCCCAUAGUAAAUUAAACAAAUUAAGAAAUAGUGAAUUUAACAUUACUAUUUUUUAUUUGAGUAUUAGACGAAUAAUGAUAAAUAGUAGAACUAUUGUGUUUAAAAAAUAUUUGAUGGUUGCAGAUAUAGUCCUGAGUUUUUGGGGGGGAUUAAUAAAUCAUAUAUUGGAAUUUUAGGGGGGGGGGAUAAUCCAGGUUGUAAUGUAGUUUUUCUCAGCUCAACUUGCUAUAAAACUCAUGGUUUUCAUCUGAAUGUUUGGUCCCAAAAGCUUUGUUGUUGUUUCUUUUUGUUUUUUUUUUAAAACAGCUAUUGGAAUGUAAGUAGCUGUUUUACGUAUUUCUUAUGUAUUGUAAUCUUAACACUGUAUUGUGAAUCAGAAUGACAAUAAAGAUUUUCUCAUACAUACUGUAU